CUUUCUCCCAUACAUUAUAUAUUUUCCUCAUGACCUGGAUGACUUUUAUUAUUUCACUUAUCAAGCUCUCCAUUUGAAAAUGUCAUUUUGAGGUUUUUGCUUUGAGGCCAAGAGUGAGAAUCGUGUCAAAUCGAUUUUCCACAACAAUGAGGAAGUGAGUAUGUAGGAAGUGAAGGUUCAGACGUUGAGUACAUAACUAUAUAGUGACGAUAGAAGGAACCAACAACUGAGAGACUUGCAAUGGAGAAGCCCAUCAAAGAAGGCAUACUUCAAAUGCAGCACUACAAAUUUGGGAUGAAAAUUUGGAAGAAAAGUUUUUUCAUAUUGUAUCCAGCAAGUUCAUUCAGCAUUGCCAGGCUAGAGCAAUUUGAUGCAAAAGAGGGCAGCACAUUCUUGGACAAAUCUAAUUCCAAAAAAGUGGAGAGGAUAAUUUGUCUGACCAACUGUAUCAGCAUCAGUCGGAUUGAAGUGGAAAACACGCCAAAAGAUAUGUCUGCAUUCUACAUUAACACCAUGGAUAAAAACUGGAUACUGGCCGCUCCAAAGCAUGACGUGAUGCAGUGGAUCACCUGUCUUUGUGAGCUGGCAUUUGUGGAUACCAAUGCGCAGAAUAAAAGUGCAGAUUUUCCAGCAUCCAGUUCCAUGUCAUCCAGUGAUUCAUUUUCGAUGAAAGAAAAUGAGCUUUAUUCAUCCAUAUCUCAAGUAAAGCCUGAUAACCAGUUCACUGUGACUGUGCAGAAGACGGCAACUACAACUAGAUGCAAUCUUACAGGAAAAUACACGUUGAUAGUUGGGAAUGACAGUCUGAUUUUGAGUGAUCCCGUAACUAAGGAAGUUGUCUAUAAAUGGCCAUACAAAUUACUGCGGAGAUAUGGAAUAGAUCAGGCAGGUUUCACGUUUGAGGCAGGCAGAAGAUGUGAUUCCGGUGAAGGGGUUUUUCAAUUCAACACAAAGGAAGUUGAAAAAAUUUACAACAUUGUUGGGAGAUUUGUUAAAGAAUUAGAAUCCAACAAAGAAAGUCGACCAGUGAAACCCAUCUCUGAGACUUCCAAAGGACCUGGCCGAAGAGCAUCAAACACUCCAAAUUUUUCUCAAGAAUUAUUCAACAAAAAGGCCGAAAGUGGGCAUGCCUUGAAGAAUGAGCAGAACCCUGAGAAAAGUUCAAGAACAGCAAAAAGUAAAUUAAAUCAAGAUGGGAAAGACUAUAAAUCUGCUUGUGGAGCUGAGCCAAGAUUGGGAUCAAUUGGUAAUACUCCAUCUAUAAAAGAAAGGGUAGAAGACCCAAUCAUUUAUGCCAGUGUCCUGCUGUCUAAAGAAAGAUCAAAGAAAGAGGACACAAAAAAGUUCACACCUGAUCCUACAAAAUACAAAGAAUGUGAGGACAGUGAUGAUCCAGAAGCAAGUUCAUUUUAUGAGAAUAUUUCUGAGAGAGAAUUUCCCUUUUCCCUCAAGGAGAGGUCAUCUUUCCUUAAAGGCAUAGAAAGGCCAAUUUACCAACGUUCGGGGGAGAAUAUUAAAGACGGGGCCACAUUGUCUGACACAGAUUAUGUGAACGUAGCACCUGAAUGGAGUCAGCAAGAUUCAGAAGAUGAUUACGAAAAUACUCAGGUUGAUCAAAAACAUGAAUUGUAUGCAGUUAUCAUAGGAAAAAAGAAUGAAGCAGGAGAGUUUUCCAAGAGCACUGAAACCUCAAAAGUCACAAAAUCAAAGCUACCACCUGGCUUCCAUGAGAUGCUGUCUGACAUAUAUGCUAAACCACCAAGUAAUACACGAGAAUGCAAAGUUGAGAGAAGUAGCAAAACGCAACAGUACAGGGGAAAGGAUAGAUAUGAUUGUUGAGUGAGGAAUAAUCUCCAAGUAUCCUUGUAAUUAUUUAGGCAUUUGAAAAAUUACUCUGCAAUAUUCAAAAUGUUUUAUUUUCCAAUAAAACUGCAAUUAAGGUUUAUGUGUGACUCAAAAUGAAGCUACCUUUUGUGUCCAUUCCUUUAUGUGAAAUAGUAAGAUUAAACGAGAACUUACCAGUUUGAAGUUUGAUCUGUAUUUUAUGAGGAGUUACGAUGAGGGAUUUCGUGAAGAACCCCGCUUCCACACAUGCGUGUCAUUCUUCAAAGCAGCGGUGUGAGGUCACAGAAACCUAUAAUGAUCUAACAUAGUAAGAUUAUCAAAGAGAUACCAGUUUUUGAUAUGAUCAUAAGAGGGUGGGAGCGGAGGGCACGAAAUCCCUCAUCGUAACUCCUCAUAAAAUACAGAUCAAACUUCAAACUGGUAAGUUCUCGUUUAAUCUUACUAUUUUACUUCGGAGUCACGUGAGUGACUUCGUGAAGAUUUCAAAGCUCUGUGACCUCAUGCCGUGGAACGAGUCCAUGCUUCACAACUGCCUUGGGUAUUGGGAGAGAGCAUCAU